CGGCCGCCAUCUUAGGCUCCCCGCGCCGCCGCUUCGGCUCGUCUGGGUCACGUGGGGCGGAGCCGGUGGCGGAGCGGAGGGGAGCGGAGCGGCGAGGAGCGGUGCGGCCGGAGGCUGAGGGGCGGCAGGCGCGAUGGGGCAGUGCGGCAUCACCUCUUCCAAAACCGUCCUCGUCUUCCUUAACCUUAUCUUCUGGGCAGCAGCAGGCAUACUGUGCUACGUGGGAGCCUAUGUGUUCAUCACAUAUGAUGACUAUGAUCACUUCUUUGAAGAUGUCUACACACUAAUUCCAGCAGUUAUCAUCAUAGCUGUGGGAACACUUCUCUUUAUUAUUGGACUUAUUGGGUGCUGUGCCACAAUUCGAGAAAGUCGCUGUGGACUUGCUACGUUUGUGAUCAUCCUGCUCUUGGUUUUUAUCACUGAAGUUGUGGUGGUGGUUCUUGGAUACAUAUACAGAGCAAAGGUGGAGGAUGAAGUUGAUCACAGCAUUCGAAAAGUAUACAAUGGGUACAAUGGGACAAAUCCUGAUGCAGCCAGUCGUGCUAUUGACUAUGUACAAAGGCAGUUGCGCUGCUGUGGGAUCCAUAACUAUUCAGACUGGGAGAAUACUGUCUGGUUCAAACAAACUAAAAACAACAGUGUGCCGCUUAGCUGUUGCAAAGCAGCCCUCAGCAAUUGUACUGGCAGUUUGACCCGCCCAAUGGACCUUUACUCUGAGGGGUGUGAGGCUCUGGUCGUAAAGAAGCUUCAAGAGAUCAUGAUGUAUGUCAUCUGGGCAGCACUAGCAUUUGCUGCUAUUCAGCUUCUGGGCAUGUUGUGUGCCUGUAUAGUACUAUGUAGGAGGAGUCGGGAUCCUGCCUACGAACUUCUCAUCACUGGCGGAACCUAUGCCUAGAAGAGAAUGCAAACACGCAGCUCAAUCUUAUCUCACUUACGUGGAAGGUGAAUGGGCCGGGUCUACUGCGAUAGCUUUCUUGCCCUAAGCUUAGUCUAAGCACACCUUUCACAGAUGAGGACAGCUGUACUGUACACUGGUGAUGGGCAAAACAGCUCAGCUUUACACACACCCAUAUAAUUACCUGUGACUUUCACUGUUUUCGCCAGCUAUUCAUGUAUCUAAAUGUUUUAGUAUACUAGUAAACUUUCUAAUUUCAGAACCAUUUGCAAGUUAAGUGUAAUUUGGUUGAUAUUAUGAAAGUCAAAGGAUGUGUGCCUACUUUGUUAGAUUACCUCUAAGCAUUAACUGGCUGAUUCUUGCAUAUAGAGACAGGAUGUCUUAAACCUUCACUACAUGGAACUUUUCUGGCCAAAGUUGUACGAAGGAAGCCAGCUGUAUUUAAUUUGAGAAAAAAUACUUUAAUCUUGCCCCUCACCAGUGUUACUUUUUAAAAAAAACACUUUUAAGUGAAGUCCAGUACACUUUAUAUAUAUAAAAAUUGUAAAGAAAAGACUAACUAAAAUUUUAGGAUCAUGUGACUGCAGUUUUGACCUUCAGAGAUCAAAUCUUUCAAACAUUAGUGGUUUAAAAUACAAGCUGGCUUUUCAGGAGUAUAAUGUAUGCACUACUGUUCUAUAAUGAAAUAUUUCAUUUUUCUAUGAAGAGCGGUUUUAUGUGUUGAGUGAACUGUUAGACCGUAGAUCUUAAAAAAAAAAAAAAAGUUUGGAAACAAUGUAGCCAUGUAGAGUAGCAAAGUAGUAUGUGAAAGUGAUCUCAACUGUAAAUAGUAAACCUGAUUAAAUAAAUCUCUGUAUAUCCUCCCUAUAAA